AUGAAAAUUCUUAUACCACCCAAGAAAGAACAACCGAAUCUUAUAUCCACGCUAUUCGAAGAGUUUUUGCUGGAAGAUUCUAGAAAACGAAGUCAACAACAAAUACUUGUGUCUUUGGUUUUUUUGUACCGUCUUCUGAAACUCCGUCGACGAAUCAUAGCUGAAAGUCAAUCAGAUGUAGAGCAUGGUACCGAAAAACAGAUUGUCUUAGAAAAGAGGAAUGAAUCUAUGCUGUCUUACACCGAACAAUUAGAAAAAUGCGUUGAUUUCUAUUCAAAGGAAGUAUUUCCACUAAAGAAAACAGCCAGAGCACUGAGCAAUCAUGCGUCUCUUUGGGGUAUACUCUGCUUCUCUAUAAUCAUACUAAACGUGUCGAUCUUUCAAUUUUAUUUCAUCAUCGAGGCUCUCAAACAAUUCAACAAUGAAUCGGCCAUCGCUCUCCAUGCACUUGCAGAUGCUUUCCCAAUGCUUCUUGGAACGAGUCUCAUCACUGCAAUAGGUUUCAUUUUUGUUGGUGCGUUUCUGAGUAAGAACGAAGUGGCACUGUAG